ACCAAGUCCUCCUUCUUGACUUUCUCCCUCCUCUUUUGACAUUUCCGCAAAAACAUAUUAUAAGAAAAUAAUUAAAUUUUGGACUUUUCCUCUCUCUCUCUCUCUCUACCUUCUUCCGUCGUUCACCAAACCGUGUGGUUUGAAUCAGUACGACUUUCUUCCUUCCUUAUUAAGUCUAUCCGUUGAUUGAAUCCGAUCUGAGACUCUCUAGAUUUUUGAUUCAUCGAUGAACGAUCUGUUUUCCAGCUCAUUCUCUCGCUUCCGCAGCAGCGGAGACGCCGGCGGCGGCGGAGGAGGAGUCCAGAUGACGCAUCCGGCGGGAGUUAACCUCGACAAGUUCUUCGAAGACGUCGAAUCCGUCAAAGAGGAGCUAAAGGAGCUAGAUCGGCUCAACGACACGCUCCGAUCCUCUCACGAGCACAGCAAGACGCUUCACAAUGCCGAAGCUGUCAAAGAUCUCCGCUCCAAGAUGGACGCUGACGUCGGAGUGGCUCUGAAGAAAGCGAAGAUGAUCAAGGUGAAACUCGAGGCGCUCGAUCGCUCCAACGCGGCUAAUCGGAGCCUUCCCGGAUGUGGACCUGGAUCUUCGUCGGAUCGUACAAGGACCUCCGUCCUCAAUGGUUUGAGGAAGAAGCUGAAGGACUCUAUGGAUAGUUUCAACCGCUUGAGGGAGCUGAUCUCGUCUGAGUAUAGAGAUACUGUGCAGAGGAGGUACUUCACCGUCACCGGCGAGAAUCCGGAUGAGAGGACUUUGGAUCGGUUGAUUUCUACAGGAGAAAGUGAGAGAUUCUUGCAGAAAGCAAUACAAGAACAAGGAAGAGGACGUGUCUUAGACACCAUCAACGAGAUCCAAGAAAGGCAUGACGCGGUUAAGGACAUUGAGAAGAAUCUCAGGGAGCUUCACCAAGUGUUUCUAGACAUGGCGGUGCUGGUCGAGCACCAGGGAGCGCAGCUCGACGACAUCGAGAGCCACGUGGGCCGAGCUAGCUCCUUUAUCCGAGGUGGAACUGAGCAGCUGCAAACCGCUCGGGUUUACCAGAAGAACACCCGUAAAUGGACAUGUAUCGCUAUUCUCAUUCUCAUCAUUAUCAUAGUUGUUGUGGUUCUUGCUGUCGUUAAACCAUGGAACAGCGGAGGUGGUGGUGGCGGUGGUGGUGGAGGUCAGCCAACUUCAGGUCAAGGGUCACCACCAAAUCCUCCUCAGGCAAGGCGUCUUCUAUUGCGUUGAAGUGAGUUUCGUAGUUUGCAAAUCUAUUCUUUCUUUGAAACCUUUUUAAUCAAACCAGUAGAAUAUUUCCUUUGUAUAAUCUAUCUAUGAUGCUAUUAUUUUGGUGCACUUUAUGUGAUUUUGGGUUUCUUGUGUUUGGCUGGGGUAUAUGUGCAUUUUGAACCAAAUGAUCUGUUAAUCAUUAUCUUUUAGAA